CUUAGCGGUGGGUUUGAUGGGGUGGACUACAUAUGGUUCUGCAACAGUUGCUGUAGUUGGACCAGGAUUUGUAGCAAUAGACAUAACCAUUCGAAACACAGCAGGAGCUAUAAAGCAACAAGCAGUGGCACUUCGAAACGACGCUGAUUUGUCCACCUUUUACAAAUGCAGCUUUGAAGGCUACCAGGACACCUUGUAUGCCCAUUCUCUCAGGCAGUUCUAUAAGGAAUGCGAUAUCUACGGCACGGUGGACUUCAUAUUUGGAAAUGCAGCUGUUGUUUUACAAAACUGCAAUAUAUAUCCGCGGCUUCCCAUAUUAGGCCAGUUUAAUACAAUCACCGCACAAGGAAGGACAGAUAUAAACCAGAAUACUGGUACUUCAAUACACAAUUGUAUUAUUACAGCUGCCCCUGACUUGGCAGCAAACAAUGGCACGACACAAACAUUCUUGGGCAGGCCGUGGAAGCUCUACUCAAGAACUGUUUAUAUGCAAUCCUUCAUGGAUAGCUUGAUUAAUCCAGCUGGUUGGGCUGCGUGGUCCGGGACUUUUGCGCUGGACACGUUGUAUUAUGCAGAAUACAAUAAUAGAGGACCGGGAUCAAGUACUGCCAACAGGGUUACUUGGCCUGGUUACCAUGUGAUAACCGCCAUGGAUGCAGUUAACUUCACUGUCUUCAACUUCAUAUCAGGAAAUAGUUGGUUGCCUACAACUGGAGUCCCUUACACCGCUAGUUUAACAUGAUCAUUACAAUUUGAGAUGCCUUUUUUCUGUUCUUCUGUAUUGAAAUUUAAUUAUGUUUGUAUUUUCGAAAUUACAAUUAAUUCAUGAUGUCUUACUUGGAAGUUCGAAUUUGAUUAUUUGUUUUUAUUUGAAA